AUGAUGAAGUGGCUCGUUGUCCUGUCGGCCCUCGUGGCUUUCUCUGAAUGCCUCCAUAAGAUGCCCCUGAUCAAGGGCAAGACUGCCAGGCAAGCCCUGCAGGAGAAAGGAUUGUGGGAUGAGUACAGGAAGAAGUACCCAUACACCCCAAUGAGCAAGUUCAUCCAGUCUGGUACUGAGGGCAUGACCAACGAUGCUGACUUGUCCUACUAUGGCGUGAUCUCCAUUGGCACCCCUCCUCAGUCCUUCAGCGUCAUCUUUGACACUGGCUCCUCCAACCUGUGGAUCCCCUCCGUCUACUGCUCCAGCCAGGCCUGCCAGAACCACAAGAAAUUCAACCCACAGCAGUCCUCCACCUUCAAGUGGGGCAGCCAGCCUCUGUCCAUCCAGUACGGCACUGGCAGCAUGACUGGACGUCUGGCCAGCGACAUUGUUGAGGUGGGCGGUAUCACUGUGUCCAACCAGGUGUUUGGAAUUAGCCAGACAGAGGCUCCCUUCAUGGCCCACAUGGUGGCUGAUGGCAUCCUGGGACUGGCCUUCCAGAGCAUUGCCUCUGACGACGUCGUGCCUGUCUUUGACAACAUGAUCAACCAGGGACUCGUGUCCCAGCCCUUGUUCUCCGUCUACCUGAGCAGCCACAGUGAGCAGGGCAGUGAGGUGGUCUUCGGUGGUGUUGACAGCAACCACUACACUGGACAAGUCACCUGGAUCCCUCUGACCUCUGCCACCUACUGGCAGAUCAAAAUGGACAGUGUUACCAUCAACGGACAGACUGUGGCCUGCUCCGGUGGCUGCCAGGCCAUCAUUGACACUGGCACCUCCCUGAUCGUUGGCCCAACCUCUGACAUCAACAACAUGAACGCCUGGGUUGGAGCCUCAACCAACCAGUACGGAGAGUCUAUAGUGAACUGCCAGAACAUCCAGAACAUGCCUGAUGUCACCUUCACUCUCAACGGACACGCUUUCACCGUCCCUGCAUCUGCCUACGUCUCUCAGAGCUACUACGGUUGCAACACUGGCUUUGGCCAGGGUGGCUCUGACCAGCUCUGGAUCCUGGGAGAUGUCUUCAUCAGGGAGUACUAUGCCAUCUUUAACGCCCAGGCUCAGUACAUCGGUCUGGCCAAGUCUGUGUAAUCAAAUAAGACACCAGAUGAAUAAUCUGUAGGUGUGUAUUUCCCCGUAGGGGCUUAUUUGAUUGAAGACUGAACAAAAGAAGGGUGCAAAUGGGACACUGUGAACAACACAGACAUCAACAUGUUGUAUUACCUUUGCA